UUUCCAUUGCUUUUUUGAUCAUGGAUAAUUCCGACUCGCGUCCUGAAACUCCAGCGAAUCGCUCUAUACGCAACAAGAGGCAACUGCCGGAACACCAUUCUUUGGGAGAGCUUUUGGAUAUCCUGCCAGUUCUUCUGCUUCUACUCCCUCCUACCAGGAUCAGAAGAAGCCGCAGAAACACCAAUCCAGGCUGCUAGAAUGCCAACGAGCCUGGAGGUGCGACCUAGUCGAGCUUCUAGCAUCGUAUCGACGAUAACAAAUUCUACGAUCGCUACACUACAAGACGAUGACCGAAGCACUCGAAGUGCUCGAAGCAUUGAUCUCAUGUUAGGCGGAAGGUUAUUCCAUAUCAACCGAGAUGGUUCGAAGAUAUCUAGCUCAUCAGAUAACGACCUCCCUCCGUAUUCUCCUUCCCUGCCAACCUAUGCGCAGUCCAGCAACCAUGUUGAUACCAGUUUUCGCAAUGGCCCACAGCCACCUGAGCUAGUUACUUCAACCGCACGUACACCUUCGCCGCUGGCUGCCCCUGCACCAAAAAGCCGCAUACAUAUUCCGUUUUGGACGGACAGAUCCCGCCAUCGCCGACUAUCAUCAAGCACAUCACAGAGCAAUGCUAAACCUGCUCUGGGGCGACUAAAUUCAAACUCGAUGUUUGACUUAUCAAAGCUACCAAGCGCAAGCCUGUCCAACCCAGAGUCACAACCAAUGGAGGAGAAUGGCGUUUAUCGCAGCCCAUGGGUUAUUACUGGACCGGAAAGGAUAUCAAUCGUUUCUAAAGGGCGUUCUGCCUCUCAAGGCAACAUACCGGAAAGUGUACAUUCUUGUUUGGCAGUACAUCCGACCAAGACCAAGACCCCCCUUCACCUAGCAGCCGGAUUAUACAAUCGGCAGGCCCCAGCUGCGGUACAUACCAGAGAAAAUACGCACAGUCACCCGUAUUCACCGCACGUAGCUCCACCAGUGGAUAUCCCACUCCUUCAUACUCAACCCACCUGUCCCCAGAAGACGGGGCCCCUCAACGCAGGCCCUCGCUCCCCAAUAUCCCCAUGCUCUCUCUAGCCGUCCCCCAGAGCCCGGUAAAAGUCGAAGAGGGCCAUGUAGAUAUUGAACCCCCGCCCCCGAUGGAAAGACGAGAAUGACGUUAGUAUCCACUACACGCGGCUAAUCC